GAGGGAAAUUUAUCUUGUUGGAGGCGGUUGGCACCACAUUAGCUGCAAGAUGGGAAACACAAACACAAAACGGCCACCUUCACCCCCACUCCCUGCAAAGAAGCCCCCAGGAGGCAUGAUCCAUGACCUAAAACAGGACAUCAUAUGCUCCAUCUGCCUGGAAACCUUUGAAGACCCGGUCUCCAUUGACUGUGGGCAUAAUUUCUGCAAGGUCUGCAUCUCUGCCCACUGGAGUGGGCUCUCAUCCCAUGGGUAUCGCUGCCCUGAGUGCCGCUUUCCCUGUAGGCGCGAGGGGAUGAAGAUAGACACUCGGCUGCAAAACCUGGUAGAAAAAAUCAAACAGAUGCCUCUGCUGGAGGUGGAAAAAGAGCCGGAGAUGCCAGCAGCUACAUUGCAGUCAGCAGGACAAGCGGUGCAGCUGGUGGCCUUGAAUGAUGAAGGAGAUCUGUGUCUGGAUGAGGAGGCCCUGAGCAGCUGCUUGGAGCAGGGAGAAGUGAAGGACAGCCCCCUCUGCUUGGUCUCCAUUUUUGGAGAGCAAUGCCGUGGCAAAUCCUUUCUGCAGAACUUCCUCCUGUGAAGGCUGCAAAACCUGGAAGCAGAGGAUGAAUCAUGGAUGGGCCAGGAAGAUGAACCCCUGACAGGAUUUGAGUGGCGACCUGGGCCUAACAGUACCACCAAAGGGGUGUGGUUGUGGAGUCAGCCAUUUUGGAUCACCACUGAACAGGGAAAGGUAGCCAUAUUCUUGAUAGACACUGAGGGUUCUCUGGAUCUGGGGAGAAGCAAGGAAGCUUGCACUAAACGCUCUGCUUUUUCCAUGCUGCUCAGCUCCUAUCAGAUACUCAAUUUGUCCCACAUGAUGAAUGAGACAGAUCGGGACUACUUGGAAAGGCUGGAGUCUAAUACUUGCAGGCACCCACGAGCACUGGAGACCCUCAAAAGCAGCAGCACUCGCUGUAACUUAAUCCCUUUUCCUGGCAAGAAGCUGGUGAUGGGAACGGAGGGUACCCUGGCAGACAUGGAUGAUGAUUUUCGGGAAUGUUUGAGGGAUUAUGUAAGUGGCUUAGCCAGAUCAGCUGGUACCUAUUUAAAGAGAGACCAGAAGGGGGUCGCUGGAGCCCAACUUGCAGCCAAGAUAAAGUGUCUCUCACUUCUCCUGAAGAAACAUCAAUUUGACUUUGGUCCAGCUGUGCAGAUGGCCAUCACUUUAAUUAACCUGGAAACCAAAGACACCUUGCAGAGGGAAUUUGCAGAGUUCAUCAGGGAGCAGGAUCAGCUCUCUCGUCCCCUGCUUGCAGGUCUAAAAGUCCUACCCAGCACCAUGGCACAGCGUCUCAAGGAAAAGCAACAAGAGCUGGUAAAACAGUAUGAGGCAACAGUACAGGGAGAUGAGCAAGAAUGGGCAAAUGGCAAAUUGUUUUUAGAGUCCCACCUGCAGAAUGAGGCUAAGGAUUUCCUGGAACGUUACGGCCAUUGUUACAAAAGUCAUGCCCUCACAGCUGGGGUAGCUGUUGGAGUGGGUGCCGUGGGGCUGGCAGGUGGGGUCGUUGGGGCUGGUGUGGCAGGUGCCAUCUUGGCUGCAGAAGCCCUUGUGUUGAGCACUGGGACAGCUACCACAGUUGCCAUUGGGGCUUUGGCGGGGACAGGAACCUUUGCACUAGUUGGAGGAGGAGUAGGGGCAGGUGUAGGGAGCAAGAUAGGAGAGUGUAGAGCACAGGAAGCACAUAGAUUGUCUGAAGGUGAUGUGGAGGUUGAAGAUGGGGAGGAGGAUGUGUCAGACCAGAGGUGUCUCAUUGAUCAACAGGACUCACCUUAAGAGUUGGCAACAAAGCUGGCCUGAUGCCUACCGUUUCCUCUGCAGUCAAGGGGCAGAUUAUACCAGAGACUGCAUUCACUUUUUGUUGUCACAG